CUUUGCGAGUUUCUUUAUCGCAACUCCUCCCCACUACCGCAGUUUUAGUCUCGAGUCUUCUCGAGACGUUAUAAUUCCAUCACCACGGCGUCCCCCACGACACUGGAACUACCGCAGGCGGACACCGGUCUGCCGCCAAUCGCCUCGCCGAUCCCGACACGCACCUCGUCCCCGUCAUCGCCACCUAUCCAACCAGCCAUGGAGGAAGAGGCCACCGUACCAUUACCGGCAAACCUCGAGCCGAUAUCACGUCCGAGUUCGACCUCGACGACGGCCUCGGCUGUCCAAAAACUCGCUGUUCCUGCCGUGGCUGCGCUGGCGGCUGCCGGCGGUUCGGUGACUAGUUCGCCACAACUGAGUUGUAGUUUUAGGGAUUGCGAGAAUUCCUCGUUCCUAGAGAAACUUGCGACCUCGUCCACCUCUGCCGGAUAUAUUUCACGUAGGGGAAGGCCGGAGCAUUUUGAGAUCUGCUCUUGGCGAUGACUUUGGCCGGAGUAGCAUCGAUUUAAGAAUAGCCACAAAUCUGCCGGCGCCUCCUCCGAAUACAAAUUCCUCGCCCGCGGCU